CCCCCUGGGUCCCAGCCCGGCCCGUGCGCAGGCGGGUCCCGGCUGCAGCCCCAGCGCGGGGAGCGGGCGAGAGGCGGCCCCGGGGAGGCAGCAGCCGCGGGGCGGGAAGUCGCUGCCCGGGCGGAGGAAGCGGCCGGGGCCGGAGCCGAGCCCGGCGAUGGCUGCAGCGGGGCCGGCGCAGCAGCUCCAGGUGGCGUUUGAGGACGUCGCUCUGUAUUUCACCCGGGAGGAGUGGGAGCUCCUAUCCCAGCCAGAGAAGCAGCUGUACCGGGACCAGAUGCUGAGGAAUUACUGGACCGUCAUUUCCCUGGGCUCUUCAGGUUCCAAACCGGACUUAAUCCAUCGGAUCGAGAUAGGGGAGGCAGAGCUCUGGAUCCGGGAUGCCGAGGGCUCCAGGGUAAACUCUGGGUCUGAGAGCCCCCCCUCAGCAGGGCUCAGGAUCCUGGGAGGAACGAGGACACAGUCUGAGUGUGGGGAGAGUGCAGCAGGAAAGCAGGAUCCCACGGCCCACAGGGGGAUCCAUGCACAGGACACAGUCCAUCCCCCGGAUAAACUCAGCCAGAGACCAGAUGUGGCUACACAACAGAGACUUCCCAGGGGCUGGCGCCCCCACCACCGCAUUGACGGCAGCAAGAGGUUCAGCAACCCCUCCGUGCUGAACCAGCAUCGGCGCAUGCACCCCAGGGAGCAACGGUAUUGCUGUGCUGACUGUGGCAAGAGCUUUGCACACAACUCAAGCCUGAGAAUACAUCAGCGCACGCACACCGGGGAGCGGCCGCACCACUGUGCUGAGUGCGGGAAGGGCUUUUCACAGAUCGGACACUUGACAACACACCAGCGCACGCACACCAGGGAGCGGCCGCACCACUGUGCUGAGUGCGGCAAGGGCUUUUCACAGAUUGGACACCUGACAACACACCAGCGCGCACACACUGGGGAGCGGCCAUACCACUGUGAAGAUUGUGGCAAGGGCUUUGCACAGAUAUCACAGCUGAGAAUGCACGAGCGCACGCACACAAGGGAGCGGCCACACUGCUGUGCUGACUGUGGCAAGAGCUUUGCACAGUUAUCACAGCUGAAAAUGCACCAGCGCACGCACACCGGGGAGCGGCCGCACUGCUGUGCUGACUGCGGCAAGGCCUUUGCACAGAUCUCACAGCUGAGAAUGCACCAGCGCACGCACACCGGGGAGCGGCCGUAUCACUGCACCAUCUGUGGCAAGAGCUUUGCGGAGAGCUCAAAACUGAGAAUACACCAGCGAGCGCACACUGGGGAGCGGCCAUAUCGCUGUGCUGACUGUGGCAAGAGCUUUGCAGAGAGCUCAAAACUGAGAAUACAUCAGCGCACGCACACCGGGGAGCGGCCGCACCACUGUGCUGAGUGCGGCAAGGGCUUUUCACAGAUCGGACAGCUGACAACACACCAGCGCACACACACUGGGGAGCGGCCAUACUGCUGUGAAGAUUGUGGCAAGGGCUUUGCACACAACUCAAGCCUGAGAAUACAUCAGCGCACGCACACCGGGGAGCGGCCGCACCACUGUGCUGACUGCGGCAAGGGCUUUGCACGGAUCUCACAGCUGAGAAUGCACCAGCGCACGCACACCGGGGAGCGGCCAUAUCACUGCACCAUCUGUGGCAAGAGCUUUGCAGAGAGCUCAAAACUGAGAAUACACCAGCGAGCGCACACUGGGGAGCGGCCAUAUCGCUGUGCUGACUGUGGCAAGGACUUUGCGCACAACUCAAGCCUGAGAAUACAUCAGCGCACGCACACCGGGGAGCGGCCGCACCACUGUGCUGAGUGCGGCAAGGGCUUUUCACAGAUCGGACACCUGACAACACACCAGCGCGCGCACACUAAGGAGCAGCCAUACUGCUGUGCUGACUGUGGCAAAGGCUUUGCACACAACUCAAGCCUGAGAAUACAUCAGCGCAUGCACACUGGGGAGCGGCCGCACCACUGUGCUGAGUGCGGCAAGGGCUUUUCACAGAUCGGACACCUGACAGCACACCAGCGCACACACACUGGGGAGCGGCCAUACCACUGUGAAGAUUGUGGCAAGGGCUUUGCACAGAUACCACAUCUGAGAAUGCACGAGCGCACGCACACAGGGGAGCGGCCACACUGCUGUGCUGACUGCGGCAAGGGCUUUGCACAGUUCUCAGCGCUGAAAGUGCACCAGCGCACGCACACCGGGGAGCGGCCGCACUGCUGUGCUGACUGCGGCAAGAGCUUUGCAGAGAGCUCAAAACUGAGAAUACACCAGCGAGCGCACACUGGGGAGCGGCCAUAUCGUUGUGCUGACUGUGGCAAAGACUUUGCACAGAUUUCACACCUGAGAAAACACCAGCGCGUGCACACACACUAAGGAGCGGCCAUACUGCUGUGCUGACUGUGGCAAAGGCUUUGCACACAGCUCAAGCCUGAGAAAACACUAGCGCGCACACACCAUGGAGCGGCCGUAUCACUGCACCAUCUGUGGCAAGAGCUUUGUACAGUUCACACACCUGACAACACACCAACGCGCGCACACACAGGGUUGUGGCCGCACCGCUUUGCUGACUGCGGCAAGAGCUUUGCACAGAUGUCAGUGCUGAGAAAACACCAGCGUGCACACACCAUGGAGCAGCCACACCGCUGUGGCAGCUGUGGUAAGAAGUUCAGCAGUACCAACAAGCUGACCCAGCAUCGGUGCAUGCACCCCAGGGAGCAACGGUAUCACUGUGCUGACUGUGGCAAGAGCUUUGCAGAGAGCUCAAAACUGAGAAUACAUCAGCGCACGCACACCGGGGAGCGGCCGCACCACUGUGCUGAGUGCGGGAAGGGCUUUGCACAGAUUACACACCUGAGAAGACACCAGCGCGCACACAUACCGGGGACUUGCCAUACAGCUGUGCUGACUGCGGAAGGGGCUUUGAGUAUAUCUCAAACCUGAGAGCAUACCAGGGAGCGGCCAUACAGCUGUCCCAAUUGUGGCAAGAGCUUCAGCAGCGCCCAUACAGUGACCAAACAUCAGACCGUGCACACCGGGGAGCGGCCAUUCCAAUGCACUGUCUGCGGCAAAAGCUUUGCACAGCGCUCGCACCUAAAAAUACACCAACACAUUCAUACCAGGGAGCAGCCGUACAGCUGUGCUGAUUGUGGCAAAUGCUUUUCUCAGUUGGGCAACCUCACCCGGCACCAGGUCACUCACACCAACACUCUUGUGUCACUGCCAGGGCCUGAGGGGUUUGUGGCAGCCAAUGGGCCUGGCACAGUGCCAGCAGAUGCAGACCAGGGAGUGGUCCUCUCCCCAUGAUGCCCAGCAGAGAGACUGUGUGGGGCAGGGAAGAGGACUUUGCCGAGCAGUGUGGGGAAGAGCAGACAGGUGGGUAGCUAUCCCACGGAGCAUCUCUUCCUCUUCUGCCGCUAAGUGUUUUGGGAAGUGAAGAGGAGCUUGACCUUGAACUCACCACCCAUAGUAGCUACGACACAAAGUUGCUUGUGGCAUUCACAGAGGUGCUGACCACAGUGCAACAUUGCUUUUGGGCUUGGGAAACAAGCACUGAAUGGUGGGAUCACAUCGUCAUGCAUGUCUGGGGUAAGCAGCGGCU